AUGAAUCUAUUACCAAAAAGCCACAAAGAGUUUAGCGACAAAGACUACUGGAAUAAAUUCUUCAAAAAACGUGGAAAUAAAGCGUUUGAAUGGUAUGGCGAAUACUUAGAGUUAUGUGGACAGCUUCAUAAGUACAUAAAACAGAAGGAUUCUAUUCUAAUAACAGGUUGUGGUAACUCGAGCCUCAGCGCCGACUUGUACGAUGUCGGGUAUCAAAACAUUACAAACAUUGACGUCUCCGAAGUGGUAAUCAAGCAAAUGAAUUCGAUUAACUCCCAUAGAACUAAUAUGAAAUUUCUCUGUAUUGAUGCUUUGAACACAACCUUUUCUGAUGAGCAAUUUAACGUUGUAUUAGAUAAAGGCACCCUAGACGCCCUUAUGCCGGACGAUUCAGAGGAAACAAAACAAACCAUAGACAAAUACUUUUCUGAAAUCAAAAGAGUAUUGAAGCUUGGAGGUCGGUUUGUGUGUAUAUCUUUGCUUCAGAGCCAUAUUCUUAGUAAAUUAUUGGACAGUUUUUGUGACAAAUCAUGGAUGUUUAGAGUUGUGAGAUGUCAUGAAGCUGAGGAGAGAAAUGCUGAGGAUAAUGAUGGUCCUACAUUACCUGUGUUUGUUGUUAUUGCUACAAAGUUUAAGGCUAUGCCACAAUUGAUAUUAGAAGUAUGUAUGGCUGGUGACAAAAUGCAAAGACUACAGACUGCUGAGGAGCUGAAGACUUACGUAAAGACUGCUCAAGACGCAGCUUUUGUCACUAAUGGACUUGCCAAAACUAGUUUAGAUGAGGACAAUGAGGUUUCCCUAGACCUGAUGCAGCCCGGAGAAGACACACCAAGGUACACAUUAUAUGUGGUAGACCAGAAGAAGACACAGGCUAUCAACAAGUAUGCUGUUUUCAUAGUGCCACAGGGCAGAGAAUCGGAGUGGUUAUUCGGUACACCGGCAGGUCGGCGGCAGCUGCAAGACUCGGCCAGGUUCGGCAGGCUGGUGGUGGCAGUUCUCCGCAGAGGACACAAGUUCGAAUCCUUGGACGCUGUCAAGGAGGAACUUGCGCACGCUGCGAAGAUGCUCAUACCGUAUGGAUUGACUGGACAGAUUCCAUUCCUAUCUUUAGGAAGUGAUGUAGGCAGAAGAGUGAAGAUAUUCGAAGGUCACUCGGAGUACUCCGGAGACUUUGUGGUUGAAGAUGUUGAUGUAGAGGGCGCCACUCACCGUAGGCUGGUGUUCUUGGAUAAUCAGUUCCUGGUACAAUCUGAGGCUAAGCUGAAAAGUGUAAAAAGGAAGAACAAGACGAAAUUAGUUGUGGAUUUUGGCCAUAUAUCCUUAUAUCAUUCCUUUAUGUGCGUGGGAGUGCAACUAUCCAAGACUGUUUCACCCAACGUGGCAGUCCUAGGUCUUGGAGGAGGCAGCCUCUGUAUGUUCCUUAGAAAAUGCUACGAUGACCUCAAGGUCACAGCCGUUGACCUGGACCCAGCCAUGCUAGAGGUCGCCAAGGACCAUUUUGAACUCCAAACCGAUGAUAGACUGGAAGUCCAGAUCAAAGAUGGAUUGGAUUUCCUGAAGGAUGAAGUUAAGAAAGGCAACCACUAUGAAGCAGUGAUGUUCGACAUGGACAGCAAGGACCGCACGGUGGGUCUGUCAUGCCCACCCAAACAAUUCCUCGACAACCAGGUGCUGGAUGAUGUCAAGACCAUACUUACAAAGGAUGGUCACUUCAUCCUAAACUUGGUAUGCCGCGACGUGGACCUUCAACAAUCAAUAAUGGACAUAUUGAAACGACAUUUCAAGCAUUUGACCUCAGUGAAACUGUAUGAGGAAGUGAACGAAAUUAUCUUUGCCACGAACAGUAAUAAAAUGUAUAAUACUGAUGAUUUUGAGAAAUCUGUCAAAGAAUUAAACGCGUGCGCACGCCAGAAGAAACUUGUUGACAUUCGAAGUGUGGAUUUGAAGGACUUCUUGCAAUCUGUUACUGUUAUAUCAUAG